AAAACACGCACAAAAUAGUUAUUCUAGAAGCGAGAAGAUAGGAAACAAACACAGAGAGAGAGAGAGAGAGAGGAGGAAGAACAUCAUCAACUACAACAAAGAUCAUUGCCACUGCUUUCACAAUUCUGAUUCUCUGAUUCCCUUUUGCGGGAUCAGAGGAUCACCAUCAAUCAUAUUUUUUCUCCUCACCACCCCAUGAAUGAACCUUCCUUCUUCUAGCUUCUUCUUCUUCCUCUUCUCUGCAUGAGUCUCUAACUGCAUUUUGCAUUGAAACAGAGGCUCUGAAGAUUGGUUUUCUUUGUUGUAACAUGCAAAUUUGAGGAACUUGGGGUGGUUUUUUACACGAUUUCUGGAGAUGGGUGUUCCACAGAGUGAGGGGAAAAUGGAAGGGUGGCUCUAUCUCAUUCGCUCCAAUCGUUUUGGUCAGCUUUCUUCACGUAAGAGGUACUUUAUCCUCAAAGAAAAUAUCCUCAGAAGCUUUAAGAUCAAACCUGCUUCCCAAAUGGAGGAGCCAAUCAGAAGUGCAAUAAUAGACUCCUGUGUUAGGGUUACUGACAAUGGAAGGGAGAGUAUCAGCAGAAAAAAAUUUGUUUGCACCUUGCAGAUGUUAUUCAUUUUUACUUUAUAUAAUGCUUCAAAUCAAAGGGAUAAGCUUAAGUUAGGAGCAAGUAGCUCAGAAGAAGCUGCAAGAUGGACACGUUCUUUUCAGGAUGCUGCAUUGAAGGAGUGCCCAAAUCCAGCAAAGAAUUUUGUGGCGUGUUCCAAGAAAAGACGUCCAACUUUAAGAUAUGGAGGCUCAAAAAGCGCAGAUUGGAAAUACUCUAACUUAAAUUUUCAAUCAUGCAUAUACACUGAAGCAAUGACCUCUGAUGUUAUUGCACCUUCACCAUGGAAGAUUUUUGGUUGUUCGAAUGGACUAAGGAUGUUCAAAGAGGCCAAAGAUGGGGAUUCCCGAGGAAGGCAUUGGGGUGAUCACCCAGCAAUAAUGGCAGUUGGUGUGGUUGAUGGAACUUCAGAAGCCAUUUUUCACACUCUCAUGUCUCUUGAUCCCACAAGAGCAGAAUGGGACUUUUGUAUUUACCAGGGCAAUGUGGUUGAUCAUAUUGAUGGCCAUACAGAUAUUAUUCACCUGCAGCUCUACAAUGAUUGGCUACCAUGGGGCAUGAAACCCAGGGAUUUACUGUUAAGAAGAUACUGGAGAAGAGAGGAUGAUGGAACAUAUGUGGUAUUAUACCAUUCUGUGUAUCAUUCUAAGUGUCCACCCAAGAAAGGCUACGUCCGAGCUUGCCUUAAAAGUGGAGGAUUUGUAGUCACUCCUGUAAACAAAGGAACACAGUCAGUUGUAAGACACAUGCUUGCUAUUGAUUGGAAGUUUUGGAAAUCAUAUUUGCGCCCCUCAUCUGCAAGAUCCAUAACCUUUCAUAUGCUUGAGAGAAUUGCAGCACUAAGAGAGUUGUUUAGAACAAAAGGAGGAAACUAUCACUCUGAGCCUCUUAUAAUGACAAAAGAUAUUGGAUUGCCUCAUAUUGGUGUAAAAGAGGAUAUUAAGAGUCCAGUUCCUGAAGAGAAUUGCAAGAUUGAGGAUCUCCUAGUGAGAGAUGAGGUGGACAGGGAAAAUCCUAGCCGUACAAGUUUAAUGGGUUUAAAUGAUUCAGAUGAGUUCUUUGAUGUUCCUGACUCAACGGACUGUGAUCAAUUUGAGAAUGAGUGGCACAAUGACUUGGCUUCUGAACAACUGGCUGUGCCCCAAGCCAGAUUAUCAUCAGCUGCUGGUUUCGUCAAGAAAUUACAUGACCUUGCAGUUCAGAAGAAAGGGUAUAUUGACCUGCAAGAUACAGCCAGGGAUGAAGUUGCAUCAUGCUCUUAUGGAGCUACUCUUCCAAAAGACCCAAGUUGUGUUUUACCUUGCAGCUGGGCUGCUUCUGACCCUUCUUUGUUUUUGGUUCGGGGAGAAAAUUAUUUAAGAGACAAUCAGAAGGUCAAGGCGAAAGGCACCUUGAUGCAAAUGGUUGGUGCAGAUUGGCUCUGUUCUGACACAAGAGAAGAUGAUUUGAGUAGUCGUCCCGGCUCCAUAGUUCAGCAAUAUGCAGCAAAAGGUGGUCCAGAAUUCUUUUUUGUUAUUAACAUACAAAUGCCUGGAAGCCCCAUGUAUUCAAUUGCACUCUAUUACAUGCUGAAAACUCCUUUGGAAGACAAUCCCUUACUGCAGAGCUUUGUAGAUGGAGAUGAUGCUUACAGGAACUCAAGAUUUAAGCUGAUACCAUAUAUUUCCAAGGGAUCAUGGAUAGUCAAGCAAAGUGUUGGAAAGAAAGCAUGUUUAGUGGGACAAGCACUAGAAAUACUUUACAUUCGAGGGAAGAACUAUCUAGAGCUUGAUAUCGAUGUGGGAUCUUCAACGGUUGCAAGGGGAGUGGCUAGUCUAGUUCUUGGAUACCUGAACAAUUUGGUGGUAGAAAUGGCAUUUUUGAUACAGGGUAACACACAAGAUGAGCUCCCAGAAGUCCUCAUUGGAACAUGUAGACUGAACCACAUGGAUGCAUCAAAAGCAUUUGUGUUGAAAUCAUAAUAUUUUAAGUUGGGAAUAUCUUCAUAUCUUUGAGGAGCAGAAGAAGCUGAUACUCCUCCUACACCAGCAAAAGAAGCAAAAACAAAAUUAAGGAUGAUGAGAACUGACAAGUGCUACAUCUACAUGUGCUAGAACAAUUUGCUUCCCUGCAAUGCUUCAUAUUUUGUCAAAUUAAUGUUGGUAGUAGGAGUAUAAUUUCCUGUGGAUAUUUUUCUGGGGCUAAUCAAUUUGCCAAGCAGCUGUUCCUUAAUUCUCAAUCACGAUGUGUAAUGUUGUUCCAUAACUUAUUCUUUGGUUGAUUCCAUGCAUUAAAAUAGUAUGUAAAACAGAAAUAGAAGAAAAAAAGGGGGAAAAGGAAAAGAGUUAUACUUGGUUUGUGUC